GCUCCCUCAAAGGUAUGCAUUGACCACCUCCUACAGCAUUCCGAUAGAGAACAGGACUUUAAUACUCUCUCCUACCCCUUCUCUCCUUCUGCUCUUCUCCACUGACCGUCAUCUCUGCUACCAAAGACAAUCACAGCUUCUCCCGCCAUUCAGACUGUCAUUCAUUGCCUAUAAAUCUCAUUAAAAAUCGUCCUCCUUUUUCUCUCUCCCCUCUCUCUCUCCUCUUUCACUCAGUGACAAGAUGUUAAAGGCUUGUAUGGGCCUCAAUUGCAGCAGACAGAUUGAUUAUGUCGAUCGUCGCUCCUGCCAGUUACAAGAGAUUCCUGAUGAUAUCUAUCGUUAUGAGGAUACCCUUGAAGACCUAAUGAUCGAUUCCAACAUGAUUCAGGAAUUACCGCCGAAAUUUUUUCGUCUGACGAACCUCAGGAAGUUGACACUUUGUGAGAAUGAGAUUAUGCGUCUCUCGCCGAUGAUUGCUAAUUUCACUAAAUUGAUCGAAUUGGAUAUCAGCAAGAACUGUUUGGAGGAGGUACCUAGUAAUAUACAGUUCUGUCGGUCGCUGGCAAUACUUGAUAUCAGCUGUAAUCCAUUACUGAGGAUACCAGAUUGUGUGGCUAACAUUGGCAGUUUGACUCAUUUGUAUAUUAAUGAUGUUGCACUGCCAGCCUUGCCAAGGGAAAUUGGAAAUUUACGGAAUCUCAUUGUCCUUGAGGCAAGGGAGAAUGUUUUGAGAAGAGUACCACCUUCGCUUGGUGACAUGUUAAAACUUCAGAGACUUGAUCUUGGGAAUAACGAAAUUGAGGAACUGCCUCCUACAUUUGGUUAUCUGGAGGAUUUAAAUGAGCUAUGGCUUGACAGCAACUGCCUCUCCCUCUUGCCAGAGAGUCUUUCCCGCCUACACAAACUACACGUGCUCGACGUCACGAAAAACAAACUGGAGAGAUUCCCAAAUCAUUUCUCAAACCUAGUCAAUCUUGUCGAUCUUCACGCUUCGGAAAACUGCAUCGAGUGUCUUCCAGAUAAUUUUGGACUGAUGAAAAGUCUCGUUCAAAUUAAACUUGACCUAAAUCAUCUCGUGUAUCUUCCUGAUUCGAUCGGAGAUUUGCCAAUGGCCACUGAAAUCUUUCUAUUUGAGAACAUGUUGGAGAGCAUCCCUCCUACCCUCUUUAACAUACCCACCCUCCAAAUGCUCAACAUUGAUAGGAACCAUGUCAUGUACAUACCCUCUACCAUCGGGCGGUGCAAGUCUUUGCAUGUUUUUUCGGCGAGAGAGAAUGAUCUGAGAAGUCUUCCCGAGGAGUUAGGUGAGCUCUCUUCUCUGAGAGUGCUGGACGUUUGUGGGAAUAGACUCCACUGCCUUCCUCUCUCCAUCUCUAACUUGCAGCUGGAUGCCUUUUGGAUAUCAGGGAACCAGCCUCUUCCAUUGAUAUCCCUUCAUCAAGAACCUGACCCAGAUAAUCCUGACAGGAAGGUUCUCACUUGUCAGUUCUUUCCACAGAUGGGACCAGAAACAUCUGAAUUUGAUUAUAUUGAUAACAGUGAUCCUGAGAGUGAGGAGAGCGGUUUCUCCCAGAGGAGACGUUCUGCUGCUGUCCGUAAGUCCACAAGACUAGCUGUGGCCUUUGACCCAGGUACCCUCGGACUCCCCUCUGGAGAGGAUGGAGGAGGAAAGUUUGUUCGUUUCCCGACUCCGUUUCGUAAAGAUCUAAAGAACAAACACAAGAGACCUAAACUUGACGCAAGACCACGCACGACUGUCUUUAGGAAAGGCUCUAUGGAUGAUUUGACUCUACAUUCAGUGGAUCCAACUGUUGCUGGUCCUCCACCCGAAAUUCUCACUGCAUCAGCUACCGACAGAUCGACUGAAGAGAAGGAGUUGCAGCCACUCAGAAAAGACAUGUCUUCUGCUGGCUCUUUAUUAAAGGCAUUUGGUGUUCAGAAUUUAUCUGAGGGUUACAUACCAGGAGCAGUGGAAGAGGAGGAGGUGACAAGAGAGACAGAGUCUGAAGUACAGUCUAACGCAGACCAAGACCUCACCCAGUUACCGCCUCGCUCAAGACUACAGACACUAGAGGUUACUGUUGAGCUAGUCAAAGACAAUGCAAGGUUUGGGUUAGGAUUCAGCAUAGCAGGAGGGAAAGGAUCCACCCCUGCCUAUGAAGACGUUGAUGAGAGUAUUUUCAUCACCAGGAUCAUCAGAGGUGGGCCUGCUGAGAAAGAUGGCCGACUUCGUUUAGGAGACAAACUGAUCUCAGUCAAUGGUGUUGAUAUGACUGAUGCUACCCACAUGUUUGCAGUCUCUACUCUAAGAAACAGCUCUAAACGCUGCCUCCUAAAAGUCUCUCGUGAAGUACUUGUAGUAUUACCAGACGAUGCCCCCCUCGACGAAGAAGAGUUCUCAACUUCUCUUGCUAAUGGGGACGUGCCACACGCCCACGAUCGAGAUGAGACCACACCCACCCCUGGAGAUGAAAGAGGAGUGACCCCAGAGAGAGUUAUCUCGGCUGAAGUCAUCACUAGCGAUAGAGAGGGAGAGGCUCUUCUUCUUGAGUCAGACGAGAGGGAGGAAGAGGAGGAGGGAGAGGGAGAUGAGGAAGAGAAGGAAAUCAACGAAUUGGCCGACAUGUUGUUUGGGGAUGAUGAACAACAAGAACGAAAAGGAGAAGAGACAGAGGCCAGAGAGGAUGAGAAUGAGAACACAAGAAGUGACAGAGGAGAUCACUACGUUAAUAGUCACAUCGUUCAAACGCUCCGAGAUGAAGCACUGGAAAUGGAAAAAGCAAGAAAGGAGGAAGAGGAGGAAAGGCUAAGACGAGAGGUAGAGGAGGGAGAAGUCCCUGUAGUAGUUACUGUAUCCACAGAUAGUGGACUGGACUCGCCUGCUCUUAAUAACAACAACAGAUCCCAGAAUGAAGAGGUUGUGUCUCUUGAUACAAGCCAUACUAACAUUGGCAUGCACAUCAUUGGGGGGUCUGACUACGUCAAUCGAAUAUUCGGAUCCGGCGAGCAAGGGGUCUACAUAUCGAAAGUGUCUCCGGGAGGUGCUGCAGCUGCUACUGGUAAGCUGAGGUUUGGUGAUCGGAUAUUAUCAGUCAACGGGGUCAAUAUGGAUGGACUGACUCAUUCUGAGGCUGUGGAGUGCCUGAUAUCACAGGAAGGACCUAUUGACCUAAGCAUAAGACACGAACCACAACCAAAGGGAAUGAUGGAGGUUACAAUAAUAAAGAGUAAGAACAGGAAGCUAGGUAUCAGUAUUAAAGGAGGUGCUCCUACUUCUCACGGUAAUCCGCUGGACCAUGAUGAUGAAGGAAUAUUUAUAUCCAAAAUCACGAGAGGUGAAGCUGCAGAAACUGAUGGUCGUCUCAGAGUGGGCCAGCGUAUACUGGAAGUGAACGGGUUCUCUUUGCUGGGGGCUAGUCACGUUGAGGCUGUACGGUCCUUGAGGAACAUCAAAGACACAGCAACGCUACUAGUCUGUGAUGGAUACUGCUUUGACGACUUUAUUAAACAUUUACCGCCCAGGCUGCAAAUUGGGAAAUUGACAGGAAGUGUUGAUGUCCUUAACGACGAGGGAAAAGAACAAAGAACUCAUAAGAGGACUCAUUCCAGUACCACUUCAGGUGCACUGGUGGAUGAGGCUGGGAGGAUGGAAGACCUCAAUGCCAUACUCCAGCAACUGGUCCAAUUCAAGACCUCAACUCCUGUAGCUAAAGAGGUAGAAGAGAAUAGGGAAGAGGAGGAGAGAGGAGAGGAGAAGGUAGCAGAGAUAGUAGACCCUCCUUCAACAAUAUCUGCACUGGAACAAUCUGUUGUUGACAUGGAAAGGGAAGCUGAUAAGUUGCUCGAACAGACUGUGAGAAAAGGUUCAUCCACUUCAUCACAUGCUUCAAGAAGAGAGAGCAUUGAGCAGGCCAGAUUAAGACAAGAAGAGAAACAAGAGGAGCUUCAGUCAUUUAUUAACGAAGUCUUUCUUGAAGAUGAAGAAAUUAAUGAAUCUACGAAAGUAUCUGAUGACAAAACUAAGGAGACAGAGACAGAGGAGGGGGAUGAAGAGGAGGAGGAGGAGUGGGUAAUCAUUGACUCUGAUUCUGUACGACAAGAAGUUGAGAAGCAGAGAUCGUUCAGUGCUUCAACUCCUCCUCCUUCAGAGGAUGUUGUUGCUAGUCCAGUCAGACCACAGAGUGCUCAAGGAGUCCAUGUCCAUAAAACCAAAAGAUCUAAAGAAGCUCCACCCACUCCACCAAAACCCAUUGCACUCGUGUCUCCCGAAAAGCUUCCGUUCAGAGAGAGGGUUGCCCUCUACCAGACCAAACUAAAUCAAGAGGAGAUGUUGAGAAAAGGCGACAACAGGCGGUCCUGGGCCCCGGGCAUACACUCGCCUCGGUCCCUCUCACUGUCCCCUGUUCAUUCAAAGUGGUCCUCUGCCUCUUAUAUCCUCAGAAACUCACCAAGUGACACAACUAUUAAUAAAGAGAAUCAGGAGUUGCUAUCAUUACCAAAGGAAUACAGUGGAAGAGAGGAAGACAACGCUCAAGGCCAGGACACAGAAAGGGACAUUAAAUCUUCUUCUGCAGCUUCAGAUCCUCCACUCACUCUAAGCCCACUCUCUCCUCCCAUUGGGGCCGAAAUGCAAAUAGAAGAAGAGAAAUUGGAGAUUGGGGAAGACCCUGGUUUCUCUCCUAUUCCCGACGAUCAAGAGCCUUCCAAGAAACCUUUAUCGAUUGACGAAGAACUUUCAAAGAACCCUUACGUCAUGCAAGCCCUGGACGCUCUACCAAGCGGCCCAAGUGUUGAUGUGUCUCAGCUACCUCCAGCAACGAGUGAAGAACAGAAGAGAAGGAGGGAGCUGAGAGAGAGGCUCAGGAGAGAAAUGGAUGAAGAGAUAGAGCGGGCUUUAGGUCUCCAGACUCCUCCCACUGCUUCGUGAUUGUUAUUGUUGUUGUUAUUGCUUCAAAACAUUGUGAUUCUUUUUUUAUUCAAUGUUAGUAUAUGUUUUCUGUCCACACCUUUCUUUUUUAAACCUUUUACAUGACAAA